ACUCUGUUCAAUCUCCUCUGCUUUCUUGUCGUGCGCGCUUGACGGAAAGGUCGAAACAGUUGGUUGCUGAACGAAGGACAGAAACGGCAUGUCAAUGUUCCUGAUGAAUUUUGUUUUUCUAACUGACCAUUGGAACUUUUCUGACAGUCUGUGAUGUAAUAUCUGCACGAGAGUUGGAAUCCCCUGAUAUCGGAGACCCUGCCAUUGUGUCAUUUUUUUGAUGUCGUCAGAGGUCCAUACACGGAUGGAUUGCUACUCCAUUUAUCGAUUCUGGGAAAAAUCCACAUCCAUAUCUGGUGACACAUCCCCUGUAACCGUGUCCCAUGCUGAUGAUGCAUUACAGCCAGAUCCUCUUGUAGGCUUCCUAUAGUCGAGCCUCUUGCUAAAAUUCUCAUAGACCUCUGCUAAAGCCUGCUUUGAGAUCUCCUACAGUUGCCAACACGGUGACCAUAAGCACACGUCUAGGAUCAGCUUUUCCUCCCCCAAUUAUAAUCUCAAUCAUUAAUGAAGGAAAAAUUCACAGCUGACCUUAAAUCAGCUUCAAGCGACAUUGUCAUCUUCCUACUGGGAGUGGUGUGUCUCAUUGAUGUCACAAUAUAGAAGACUCCCUGGCCUGCCUUCAGAGCUCCCGCAGUCGCCAAUGGCUGCGUCUCCACUCCCAGAGCGUGACUCUGCGACCCUUCUGAAGCUGCAGGAAGUGGAUCCCAGCCGGGUUGGCCGCGGUGGCCGCAUCCUCUCGCCCAUCUUCAGCGCCCCGUCCCCGGCGCUGCCCAUGGAGGCCCACCCCAUCUGCAUCCCCUCCCCAUACACUGACAUCGGGCACGACUUUAACCCCUUGUCCUUCUACAGCCCCACUCUGCUGAGCUACGCUGGGCCCGCGCUCCCUGACUGCCCAUCCGCCCACCAGUCCCUCAGUCCCUCGAUCUUCUGGCCCCCCCAAGCUCACGUGGGGCCUCCAUUGUCUCUGCACCAUCGGCCCCAAUCUCGCCCACAGCAAGGCCAGCCAACCCGAGUGUCCUGGGCGGAGCCCCAUGCCCUAUCUGAGAGCAGCAAGCCUCUGAGGAAGUGCUCACAAGAGAGUGAGGAGACGGUCAUCUCGCUGGAAGGCAAGGCUGAACUGCACUUCUGUGCCGUGUGUCACGACUAUGCGUCGGGCUACCACUACGGGGUGUGGUCCUGCGAGGGCUGCAAGGCUUUCUUCAAGAGGAGCAUCCAAGGUCACAAUGACUACAUCUGCCCGGCGACCAACCAGUGCACUAUCGAUAAGAACCGCCGCAAGAGCUGCCAGGCGUGCCGCCUCCGCAAGUGCUACGAAGUGGGCAUGACAAAGUGUGGCAUGCGUCGCGACCGCAGCAGCUACCGGGGUCAUCAACCGAGGCGCGUGGGUCGCUUCUUCACCCGGGGCACUGCUAGUGGGCCCAAGCGGGUCCUAGCCGAGGGGGGCGAGCCAAUCAAGGAACUCCGCCCCACAGUAUUAACCCCGGAGCAGCUGAUUGGCCGGAUCAUGGAGGCAGAGCCACCGGAGAUCUACCUCCAGAAGGACAUGAGGAGGCCCCUGACGGAGGCCAACGUCAUGAUGUCACUCACCAACCUGGCCGACAAGGAGCUAGUCCACAUGAUCAGCUGGGCCAAGAAGAUCCCAGGAUUUGUGGACCUGUGCCUGUUCGACCAGGUGCACCUGUUGGAGUGCUGCUGGUUGGAGGUGCUGAUGCUAGGGCUCAUGUGGAGGUCUGUGGGCCACCCUGGUAGGCUCAUUUUUUCCCCCGACCUCAGCCUGAACAGGGAAGAGGGGAGCUGUGUGCAGGGUUUCGUGGAUAUCUUUGACAUGCUGCUAGCUGCCACCUCCAGGUUCAGAGAGCUCAAGUUGCAGAGGGAGGAGUACGUCUGCCUCAAGGCCAUGAUCCUCCUCAACUCCAACAUGUGCUUGAGCUCCUCGGAGGGGAGCGAAGAGCUGCAGAGUCGCUCGAAGCUCCUGCGCUUGCUGGAUGCCGUAACAGAUGCACUGGUGUGGGCCAUCGCAAAGACGGGCCUCAGCUUUCAGCAGCAGUCUGCGCGCCUCGCCCACCUGCUGAUGCUGCUGUCACACAUCCGCCACGUUAGUAACAAGGGCAUGGACCACCUGCACUGCAUGAAGAUGAAGAACGUGGUGCCCCUGUACGACCUGCUCCUGGAGAUGCUGGAUGCCCACAUCAUGCACAGCCCACGGCUGCCCCACCAAGCCAACUCAGCGGGCCCCUGUCCAGAGGUGAGCCACCCGCAGCCCACCACUUCAGCAGCUGCCCCGGCCAGACAUGGACCCCCAGCAGCAGAAGCGAGCCUCAACAGCAGGAGCCAUUGGACUGCAGGGACCCCGGUAGAAAGACAGUGGUGAAAAGGGAUCUCUAGCAGCAAAAAGGACAAUGGAGAGAAUGUGACUGGGACCGUUGUGGACGGCUACUUCUUGGAACGGCUUUUAAAACCACUCUGAAACAGAGGAACUGGGAACGAGUAUAAGGGUGUUUCAGAUGGUGCCUGGAAGGGGCUACAUCCCAAUGCUGUCAAAUGAAAUCUUCUCCUUUCAGGCAUUAGCACUAUUCUGAUUGUUUUCUCGGAGGUCGCAAACAUAAAAAAUGUAACAAUAUUUAAUGUCCCUGCUAAAGCUGUCUUUUGGUUUAUGA